CCUGUCUGACGGACUCGGUUUCUCGAAGCAGGGUUUAAGCUUUCUUCCUCGCGCAGCCGCCGCGCGAACUGCUAGCCCCCAAACCCUAGCGCCAUGGGAGCCGCCGCCUCUUCCUCUCCCCCUCCUCCCCCAGAGGCAGCCGCCGCCUCUUCCUCUCCCCCUCCUCCCCCAGAGGCAGCCACCGCCGCCUCCGAUCCUCCCACUCCUCCCCCGGAGGCCGCCGCUCCACCAGCCAAAGGAGAUCCCCAGCAGGCCGCCACCGCCCCGGCCGGCGGCGCUGCGGACGAUGCGGCGGCGGGAGCGUCGGCUGACGCCGGUGGAGGCGGCCCGGCCGAUUCAGCGGAGACGGUGGUCUUGGAAGCCUCCGCUGGGGCCGGCGAAGCAGAGGAGGGGGAGGAGGAGCAAGGGGAGUGCGGGUUCUGCCUCUUCAUGAAGGGCGGCGGGUGCAAGGAGGAGUUCACCGCGUGGGAGAAGUGCGUGGAGGAGGCGGAGGCCGAGACGGGCGGCGUCGACGUCGUGGAGCGGUGCCAGGACAUCACGGCCGCGCUGCGGAAGUGCAUGGACGCGCACGCCGACUACUACGAGCCCAUACUCCGCGCCGAGCGCGCCAUGGCCGCGGAUCUCGAGGCCUUUCAGGCCCAAGAAGCCGACUCCGCCUCCGCGGCGCCGGCGUCGGAGGGAGGCGAUAAGAAGCAGGCGGCCGACGCAGCGGCGCCUCCACCGGAGGAAGGCCAGGAGAAACAGGCGGCCGAGACAGCGGUCUCAGAGAACAGAGAUCCUGCAGCCUGAUUGGGCAAAAAGGCGGCGGCAUCUUGGAAUUUUUGGUGAGGGAUUUGAGGAUGUGCAUUUGAUUUCUUCUUUCGAGCAUCAAUUAACCUUCUGUGGUCGGCGAGAUUGGUGACCGGCGAGGGAGAUAGACCUCUGCUCCCUCUAAUUGAAGAUGUGAUUCUUUUGGGUGAAAUCAAAUUAUACGUGUUGCCAGAUGAAUUCUUACUCUGGCGAAUUAUACAGACAUCCCAUGCUUGAAUAAUCUGCUGAUUUGAUUGCUCUAAAUUACUGAUCACAUCGAUCUUUGCGAA